UUAUUAAUAAUCUGGAAACUUUAUAAUGUCUAAAUAAUACAAAGUGAUUUACUAACUGUGACAGACAAUAAUGGAUUUUUAGUGUAUUUUGUCAAAUGAACUGUCAUAAAUAUCAAAUGAUAAUCUGUAAUGAUAAGGCUUAAAAGGACUCGUAUCCAGAGCCGAAAAAACAUUUACAAAAAAAAAAAUUGUGAUAUUUUCGUAACACUUGACACUUAUGUCAAAUUCCAGCUGAUCAACAAAAUAAAGGAAUGAAACUGAUUGUACAAUAACAAUAAUUAUCCUCGUACCAGAAAAGAACGAAAAAAUUUGGUUUAUAUGAAAACAAAAAGGAAAUUUUUAAAACUUAGGGAUGGCGACGAUGAUAAAGGAAAAACGUAGAGAUAAAAAGAAAUCAAAGGGGAAGCAUUCCAUGACAAAAGAUGUUCUAGCUAAUACAAAUGUUGAAGAACAAAGAGAAUCUACCUCAGUUGACCUUUUAAACUUAGAAAAAGAUUGUUCUUCUCAGUGUUUAAAUUUAAAGAGUUGUGAGGAAAGCAAAGAAUUAAACAUUGUUGAGACACAGACUGUAUGCGAAACAUCAAAGGAAUGCAACAAGGCAGAGGAAGAAGUAAGAGUAGAGUCACCAGCAACUGAUGUUGAAGAAUCACAAGCAAGCAUUGUGGAGACAAAGUCGUCCGAAAACAAUGUUAUUAAUAAUGAAAAACUAGCACAAACUGAAUUGUUACCUUCGGCUCCCAUUAUCCUUGAACCUGAAGCUGUUAUAAGUAAUAAGAUCAAUGAAGUUACCAAGGAAAGUAUAAAACCAAAGAUACUAUGUGUGCCAUUAGAAGAAGCAAUAAAAAUAUUUGGAGGUAGGGAAAUAGCUGAGGUUAGGGCUUUGAGUGAGAGAGAGGAGGCUGUUGUGGAGGCAGGACCAAAACAGAAUCCAGAUAAUCCUUUGGUGGAUUUACUGUCUACUUUUAGGUCAUCAUUAAUUGCUGUGGAACGUGAACGAAAUAGGAUCACGUGUGGGUACAUUGAGGAGGAGAAGUCGCGCUCUACGCUGUGGAAAGUAGAGAAACGCAAUGUAGUUUUAACAGAGAGAUGUGGCUGUGGAACCAAAGUCAGUUUACGGGCGAGUUAUGAUGUAGCCGAGUUGUUGAAGGAACGGUUGCCGGCCGCUAGACUGAGACUGGAAUCCUUAUUGCGAGAAGUCCAGGAAGCUUACUGCCAUCACCAACAUGCCACAUUGUUGGCACAUUACGAUAUAGAAGAGCUGUUAUCGGAGGUAGUGCAGGAUUCUAAGGAUAAAAUCCGUGAAGCGCUUGCAUUAAUAUUCCAAGCAAUGCGUCUCGCUGAUGGUGUCCCCGACUCGUUCGUUCAAGCGCUGCAGCGCUGGGCCGGUAUACUUGCCACUGCUUUACUAGAAACUCAUGACAUGGCGAACCUAUUGUUCUUAAUGCAUUAUUUGUUCAGACAAACUCGCUCAGUGCUUUGGGCCAGAUCAGUGGUAUACCUGCGGGUAUGGGACGUUGGUUCCGUAGCUCAGUUACUGGCUUUGUUGGAGAUCAUGCUGACCAGACCCUCGCUGGAGGAGGCAGUGGAAUGCAUUGAAGAAGGAGAGGCGUGGGAAGAAGUGGAUGAAAUAGGAGAAGGGGGAGCGGUGGGGGAGGGGAGGCUGCGGGAAAGAGACUUACUCGCCUUUCUUGAAGCUUUGCCGCUGAAAGACAUGAUAGCUCGUCUACUUCUGUUCAAACGACAGGAUUUAAAUCAGGAGACAGAGUACGCUUGGGGGGACAGGUCAGGAGGUCAUGAAGUACUCAAAGCGUGUUGCGGUACACGCACACUAUUGCACGUGUUCCAGCGAGCUACACACACACACAACACAUACACAAGGCUUCACACACACAUGCGACAUCUUAUCGUCGUCGUAUUGAAUGCUCUCGCUGGACUUCAUCUACAUUCUUGUUCCUCGUACAUUAAGGAGUUAGAAGUAAGGAUAUCAGUUGAAUUGGAGGCUUGCUUUGCCGCUGGGUUUGUUUUAUUAGGAAACGAGGUCCAUAAGUUACCAGCGACCUUAUUAAGAGAUCACGUUGCUGAGGAAUAUUGUGUCGCGUUCAUGACUGGGCUACAUGAUUCCUCACCGCAGAAAGUGGAGUCGCUUUUAUUAGAGAUAGUAGGUUUGCCGUGCGAGGUCAACGUUAGGGUUGUGACUCAGGCAGCUGUAGAACGUGUCUUGGACAACGCCCUGGCCACUAGCGUCCUUGAGUUUCUAUUCCAGACGGGUAUCAAGCCUAGACAGGUGGCAUGUGGGGGAGGAUGUGUCGCAACAAGUCGUCAGUUGAUGCCCGAACUAUUAAUGGCCCACCCACGCCUGCACACUACCGCCUUCUACAUGCUGGCUGAUGCUUACCAAGAGGCCCCCAGCAUGUCUUCCAUGCACCCCCUUUCUCCCGGCAGCUGGAGGCCCUCUCCCGCUGCCCUUUCCUCGGUUCUGGAGAACUGGGAGCUGAAAUGUCCAUCACGAAUAUCGAGAUUGCUUCUCAGUUUGGAUUAUACGCCGCACGUCGGUCUCUCCCUGGACACACAGCUAAGUAUCGGAUCGUGGUUGUGUUCGAGGGGCGAAGCGCCCGAGUGGUCGUGGGAGGUUUUGCGGAAAUUGAGAGUGCACCGGACACAAUGGGGUCUACCGCUGGAUGCACCGACCUACGAACCACACGAUCUUCUGAGUAAGACUUUCGCCUUAAUGGCCGGCGAUUGGGGUCACUGCAUACCCUUGAUUUGUGGUCCCGGGGCCGACGCCCUAUUAGAGUUGUCUCAGUCGCGACUUCUGGAAGCGGUGCACUGCUUGGGUCCCAUCAUGACGGUGAUGACACAAUCUCCUGAGUCUAUCUCUCUCACUCCCAAAUUCUCCGAAAUAUUCUCAGUCAUCUUAAACUCUGGAAGGCAUUUUCUUCAGUUUUUGUCUCGUCGUCCGUCUCCAGGGGUAGAGGCUUUACAGACUCUAGUUAUGGAACAAAUGGGGAAUGCAGGCGCCGGCUGGCCGAUGGUGUCGUGUUGGCUGUACGCGUUGUGGUCCCCAAGUCUACCGGGACAAAGUCGUCAGAUCCUCGACCGAGGCCUGAUUCUGUCCCGGGCCUGGACCGUGCUCGAUGAACUCGUGCGUGGACGUUUGCAGUUGCAAAACGCCAAAGAUUAUAUUUCGGAUGCUGUGAAACACGCUGCGGAAGCGCCGGUACUUUGUGAGAGCGUGCUUCGUAAUCUGCAUGCUAUGGAACUGGCUAAGCCUGCGCACGGCAGGCUGAUGGAGGAACUCGAGCGACAGAGAACGGCUGGAGAGAAGAUACAUGUAGAUAACGCUAUGAAGACGGUGGGCUGGUGUUUGCCGUCCCAGGAGCUGAGCACAUACCGCUGCUGUCACGCCGUAUUGGCCAGCGGUCCUCAGCACCCCGCUCACCUUUUGCUAGCUCGACUUAUGAUGCAUAUAUACUUACAGCGGUACAGGCCAAAUUCUCCACCCAUUGGGACACUAUACUUCAGCGGAUUAGUUCAAACAAGAUUGUAUCUCUUACAAAUCAAGGGUAAACUUCAGGAAUUUGCGACUUAUCAUAAAAAUCAAGCGAACUUAUUGAACCCGCCCGACGACACAGCUGUACAAAAUGAGCAGACAACAUCUCAGAAGCCCACAUCAGUUGUGGAUAACAGUUUAUUUCCGGCACUCAAAAUAAAAGAUCUGGUGGGUAGUCAGAGUAGUUUUGAAGAGACACAUGAAAAUAGUGAGCCAACAGAUGAUACAAGCGAAGCAGUUGUGAAAGGAAAUCAAGAUACUAUCAAUCUCAUAAAUUAUCACAUGGCUGCGGAAAAAUUGUUCCGUCAGUAUGUCCUCUGGCUGAACGAGGGCGACAAGGUCCGCGCCGGUCCACACCACGCGGACAUCGCGACAGUACUUAGCGAACAGGCUUUAGACGCCGCAUGGAGGUCGUUUCUCAAAAGCACACCGGUACCUCCUCCCCUCAGCCCUACAACAGAGACGAUUUCCACGGAACACCUGACGCACUUCGAGAGAGCUGUCAGAGCGUUACAGACUGUUAAAAACGGAAUCAAAGACAGAUCUCGCAAAUCCUCUUUGCCGGCCGCUUUAAAUGAGUCCUACUUCAAGAACAGCCACAUGCUUUAUGAAUUACUUGAUAACAACAUCAAUGCUUUGAAGAAUGUUACCGAGCAGUGGUGUAAUGAUGUAACCCGCGUAUCUUCCCUGGACGGUCAACUGUGGGAGUUGGUGAAGGUACUCCGAGUGCCCCGGACCCUGCCUCCCAUCCGUCAGAGCUGCUCACACUGCCACAAUAACAUCGUUGUAACAAUAUCAGAAGACGAAUGGUGCGUAUCGUGUGGUGCAGCUCAGGGGAUCAUAGAGAACAGACGUAGCUUUCGUUCGUCGCUGAGAGGACUGGCUCGCCCGCGACCGCCCACCGCUAAGGCGGCUGCGAUACUGCGCUCUAUGGCCAGACGCGUCCAGAGCCCGCCGCUCGCGCUGGGCGUGUGUUCCCGCGCGUGGGCCGCCGUGCCCAGUGUGGAGCGAUGUGGACCGGCAGUGGACGCACUCGCGUCCUUGGUAGAGAGCCUCGUGACGAAAUUCCUAAGUCGCGACAUCGACACGUGUCUCCGCUUGUUGUCGUCGUGGUGUGAGGGCAGUUCGGUGCAGCAGCGUCUGUGCGGCUCGUUGCUCAGCAGCGCCCGGCAGCAGCACUGCGCGCGACUGUACGAGGCGGUGCUGGACCUGCCGCUACCGCCGCAUGUCGCUUUCAGCUUUUUGUCCAAGUUUGACCUCCAGAGCUGGGCGGAGACAGUCGACUCCUCACGACGGAGUGAACUCUUAGAGGCUAUAGUGAAAGCGGCUGAAAAAUGUGGUCCCGCGCCCGACACUGAACACCUGGUGCUAUUGGAGCAACUGUGUGUACAUUCGCUGUCAGUGGUCCGUUCGUCGGAGGUGUGUCGUCACGUGUCCCGCGUGAUGCUCGCGACCGUACACGGCCGACUGUCGCCACAUGUGUGCGCGACGAUACCCGCCGCGGUACAGCGGUGUACUAACGUUGAUUUUGAUCAGCUAGGUAACCUCCUUCGUGAUAUCGGCUCCAUGUGGUGGACCGCGCGCUCGUCCCGUGUCCUCCGUGACUCGGAGCGCGUUCAGUACGCGUCGUACUCGGUCCACGUGGCCGACAUCCUGUACGAACUGAUGCAUGCCUUCGUGGAAUCCGCCAUUAGAUGCAGCUAUACGCCGGAGAGAGUGUCUCGGUACGCGUGGUGUGCCACGGUGGAGUCGUGGUCGCCGUGGCUGUCGCCCCACCCCUCCCGACCUCUUCUGCCGCAACAGACCACAGAUCACAGCAACAUGCUCACCAGGUUCACCGACAGCCUCGUUAUGAUCAUGCACCUGUGUCCAGGUUGUGAGGAGCAUCUCCUGCGGCACGCCUGGGAGUGGACGGCCCACACGUACCUGGUCGCGGAGCCCCAUUGGCCGGACGAGUGUCGCCUGUUGAUGACGUCACUGCUGACGUCACUCGCUGACCUGCCGUGGACGCUGCAGUGGUUCCACGUAGACAGCCUGCCUUUAGCUUUACAGAUCUGUUCCAAUCCACGCGAGGACAUCCUGAGCUGGUUGUGUCACACGCUGCAGGCGACAUCUGGAGAGUGUUGGCUGCGAGGAGUCCAGCAACAUCACCAACAACAGCUGGAAGAAGCGCUGGAUCGUCUGCUGUCUUUGUUUACUGCGAGGGACCUGCUGUUGCCGACCGAGUGUUACAAAAGCGUUUCCAUCCUUCCCUGGUGGGAACUCCCUCAAGCCUCGCUGGAGUCAGCUCUGAGGAGGUUCUUCGAAGAGCAUCAUUCACCACACACCCCCUACCAUGAGACGCCGCACUUCAAUGCGUUGUUAUCCGCGUGUUUCCUGACCUCCGUCGAACCCUCUGACCGGAGCCUCCAAUGUCCGUCCACGGUCGCCCACGUCCGUCGAGGCCUCUUAGUAUCUGAGUGGACUCGCGCCGCCUGCUCGCCCACACUGAACGACCACGUGAGCGGAUACUGUGACCACGUGCUCAAUGUCAUCACAAAAAUUGCUCCUCAUAUAGAACACUGCGAAGGUGAGGUCGAGGAGUUGUUGAGUCGCGCGAUCGUCGUCAUGUGCGUGGAGCCCGCAGCGGCUACUGCGCUAUCGGUAUGGAACUCCCGGGUUCGGUCCUGGCCGGUUCCUCUCGUCCUGUGCUGCGCCUCCGCGACCCGCUCCCUCAUCACACCGGAGUACUUCUCAUCACUAGCCGACACUGUGGCCAAGACAGUCAUGGAACACGCGUCUAAUGGUUGGUCGUUGUUGGUGGAGCGCUGGUCGGCCUGCGCUUGGUGGGGGCUGGGUGCUCUCAUGCAGCGGGGGGCGGCGCACCUCGGGUACGCGUUACAUCUAGCAGGGGCGCCAGGCCUUUCGGACGCUCUCGACACACUCGCGGGCGGAGCUCUACACUUAUCAGAAAACGAAGAGAUAGCGGCUGUGUGGAUAUGUGCGGCGUUCAGGGUGGCGAUGAGGGAGAGUCUGGCGGGGGAGGCGGAGGAGAGGUGCGGAGACGCCGCGAGGAGGCUGCUGGGGAAGUGGAGCGAACGGAGGCGGACCCUACUGCAGCUGGUGACGAGACAUGUGGACCACGACUCGCCCACGGACAGACUGCAGCUCCUCAGUCGCCUGGCGUUAUACAUAGUAUCUCCGUCCGAAGAAUCCUUGUCAUCUUACGUGAGCGUCCAUACGUCCGUUUCCGCGGCGGGGGUGCCCGCGGUCCCGGACAGAAGCCCUACGAGCGUUCCCCUCGCAGCCGCUGCACUCUACCCUCUGAAGAAAGCUUACUUCAGCGAUGAACUAGACAUGGCGAAGCGUUUGAUUUGAAAUGUAAUUCGAAAAAAAAUAAAUAGUCACGACCACAGAUAACAUAAUAUAUUACACGUAACAUAUCUGGGUAAAUUAAUUGUUGAUGUAAAUAGUUUUAUAUAGAAAAUAAUAUCUUUGA